GCCGUUUACACGACCACGUUUUUUGAAAGAAAAAUUGCAAUAGGUACCGGUUUAUUGCAAAUACAACAGUUCAUAGCAGCGUUCACGACAGUCGCCAUGAGCUGAGUAACAGCGCGUCGAUUUUCGUGUCUUGUCAAGAUCCAGUCUCUCACCACUCCAAGACACCGAGUUGGAUUUAUGUGUUGCUUUCAAAUUCACGGUGCGCCGUGAAUUCCCCUGUUGCAAAAAUGGGCGGCCUUUUGGAAAAGAACUCGUCCUUGGUGAGGAAACGCAUCGAAGACCAUAAAUUUGAAGACGAAGGAGGAGAAGAAUAUGAAGGAAGCGAGUUUAAUGGUUUCGGCGAUUACUUUCGGCGCAAAAAGAUUAAGCUACAAAACCUUGAUGCCGCAAUGCGCGAGAGUUCCGACAAGCCGCAGAUAUUCAAGGGCAUAGUCGCCCAUGUCACAGGAUAUACGCAGCCGCCGCUCCAUAUCUUACAUCGCCAAAUCGUUGAGCAUGGCGGCGGCUUUUUGCAAUACUUGGACUCCAAGACCAUGGCAACCCACAUCAUUGCGUCGACUCUGCCGCCGAAAAAAACGGUGGAUUUCAGCAGAUAUAGAAUUGUCAAGCCGGCAUGGAUCACCGAUUCUAUUGCGGCUGGGAAGUUGCUGCCAUGGGGCGAGUAUCGAGUCUUGGACGAAGGCCCUCGACAAAAAGUGCUGAAAUUCGAUGGCUCAAAGGGUUUAACUCAGGCUAGCCCUGUUGCUAAGAAAGGAUACAGCGAGCAGAUCGACAAUAGCUUCUAUACUUCUCAGCUCAAAGGUGCCGGUCCCGAGAGUCAGAGAUGGAGCCAAGUCGUACAGCAAGCCGGAAAUACAAGCGCAGCAAAAGACACCGACCCAGAUACAAGUCUUUCAGGCACAAAUGAUCAAGGUUCAGAUGCCGUUGAUGGAGAUGUGGUAAAAACUGAGGCCCCAGACCCCCCUGCCGCUCAAGGCAUCCCGCCGCCGCCAAGCAAACCCGUUGGUGAAAUGACGUCUGAGGAGCACAAUGCCUGGGUACUUUCAGACCCAAAGCUGCGAGAGGCGUCGUGUCAAAAUCCUAAUUUUCUACAAAAGUUUUAUGCAGAGAGUCGACUACAUCAUCUCUCUACAUGGAAAGCGGAACUCAAGUCAUCUAUGCAAAAGCUGGCUACAGAAAAGGGCUUAACUGAAAGGAAGUCCAAGUCUAAGCCUGGAUCGCGCAAGUACAUCAUGCAUGUCGACUUUGACAGCUUCUUCUGCGCCGUUUCGCUUAAGAAAUACCCCGAAUACACUACCCUACCUACAGUUGUCGCCCAUGGAUCUGGCUCUAGCUCGGAAAUUGCGAGCUGCAACUACCCCGCGCGCGAAUUCGGUAUCAAGAAUGGCAUGUGGAUGAAGCGGGCCAUGGAAAUGUGCCCAGAUCUCAAGGUGAUACCAUAUGACUUCCCGGCAUAUGAGAAUGCCAGUCGCCUAUUCUAUGAGGCCAUCAUGGAGGUAGGUGGCAUUGUCCAAAGCGUCAGUAUAGAUGAGGCCCUCAUCGAUGCUACCGAUGUUAUUUUGAACGGAUUGGGCUCUCAAGGCACAACUAUCCGUGAGAGCAGCAUACGCUCGGAACAAGAAAAGGCAGAGGAACUAGCCUUGGAUCUUCGCAGGAAAAUCAAGGAAAAUGCUGGCUGCGAGGUUUCUGUUGGUAUCGGCAGCAAUAUCCUACAUGCAAAAAUAGCAUUGCGGCGCGCCAAGCCAGCUGGCCAAUAUCUGAUGAAACCAGAAGAGGUCCUUGAUGUUAUUGGCGAACUCAAGGUGGAUCAGCUGCCGGGCGUUUCGUACAAUCUGCGCAGCAAGCUCGAAGAGCUCGGUAUAACCCUGGUCAAGCAUAUUAGAGAAACAACCAAAGAGAGAUUGGUUGCAUCGCUUGGCCCCAAGACGGGCGAGAAGCUAGCAGACUACGCCAAGGGAAUCGACCAUGCUGAAGUUGGGCCACAGCCGCCGCGAAAGUCUGUGUCUGCAGAGGUCAGCUGGGGUAUUCGGUUUAUCCAUCAAGCCGAAGCCGAGGAAUUUGUUUUCAAUCUUUGCAAAGAACUAGAAAAGCGUCUGCUGAACGAACAAGUCAAGGGCACAAAUCUCACAGUCAAGAUUAUGAGACGGGCGCUUGAUGCGCCUCUUGACCCAGCGAAGCAUCUUGGACAUGGGAAAUGUGACACUUUCAACAAAAGCAUUACGUUUGGCGUAGCAACAAACAAUUAUGAGAUUAUUGGUAAAGAAGCAGUCUCGGUGCUUCGAUCGUACCGGUUCAAUGUUGGCGAUCUCCGUGGUCUCGGUGUGCAAAUGACCAAGCUUGAACCGAUAAAAGCAGGCACCUUGAAAACUGAUGGCAGCCAGAAGCGGCUCAGCUUUGGUGUGGUUGCUGGUCCUUCGGAGCCACGGCGCGCCCGUCAAGAAGAUAUUGACGAUAUUGAAUCCCCAACGAAACCUCGAUCUGCCGAGAAGGCUUACCGUGAAAAUGACCCGAUUGCGGACGACCCUUUGACACCGCGGAAGGCCAAAGUUCACCCAGCAAUGGCGCUUGCGCGAGCUGGGGAGAAGGAUAAAAAGGCAAACAGCCCCCUAAAUAUCAGCGGAACCCAGUUUAUCAUCCCGAAUAACGUCGACCCAAGCGUUCUUGCAGAGCUACCAAACGAUAUCCGAAGCAAAUUAAUGGGACAGCGGCCGAAAUCAGGAACACCAAGAUCAGAGUCGCCGCUUGCAAGAUCUCGACCAGAGUCCCCUGCUCCUGAAGCAUUACCGUCGCAAGUAGACCCUGAAGUCUUUAAUGCUCUGCCCGAUGACAUGAAAGCAGAGGUUCUUGCAUCAUAUGGCCGUCACCCACAGUCUCACUUAUAUGCACAGUCACCUAUUCGACCUAAACCAGCCGUCCCCAAGAAACCGCCUAGUCCGUCCAAACGAGGCGGUAUCCGAGGGUUGUUUGGAAAAGCACGGCGACAAGACGAUGCUCGGGCUGGUGUUGUGCAGACUAGCUUUGCCAGCGCGGCCCCAAACAAUGACGAACCCCCAGAAGAAGAACUAGAGGAAAUCGAUCCCGAAUUCUUAGCCGAAUUGCCGGAGGAUGUGCGUAAGGAAGUCAUUGCCGAUCACCGGCGCCGUAUGCUUGCACAGCGUUCGGGCCUUAAUGCUCCUCUGAAACGACCAACAGAGAAUGUUGAGCCUAGAACCGGAGGCCAGCAAAAGAUUGAGUUUCCCGCAGCGCCCUCUAAAGUCACAUUUGCCAGCUCUGGCAUUUCUACAACGCAGGAAGUCAAGGACAUGAUUGAAGCAUGGCAUGCGGAGACAAAGGACGAUGGACCACACAAGGGCGAUGUUGACGUAUUUGAAAAGUACCUCGUGCGCGUCGUGCAAGAGGAGAGAGACAUGGAGAAAGCAUCGAGCUUGGUAAAGUGGUUGAAUGUGAUAGUCGACCAAGCGACAGCAAACAUGGGCAAAGAGGCGUGGAGAGCUUCCCUGAGGUCCAUCCGUAAUGCACUGAAGAACGCCAUGAAGCAGAGGGGACUUGGAGCUUUGAACUUGUAG